AAAGAGCUUUAGUAAUUUUAGGAGUUGGUCACACAUUAAACUCUCGUGAAUUGUGAUUUAAUAUUUUAAAAAAUUAAAUUAAGGCACCUAGAGAUUUUAAAUCACUUAAAGUCAAAGCAUUAAAAACAUAUAAAUACUUUGUCAGUUUUACUAACUGUUGAGACCACGAAUUACCUAAGAUUUUACUUUAAUUUACAGUUCUCAUUAAAAUGGUGCAAAAGGGACCUCGUCCUUUAGUUCUUUGUGGCCCGUCAGGUUCUGGGAAGAGUACAUUAUUAAAACGGUUGUUGAAAGAAUUCCCUGACAAGUUUGGUUUUAGCGUGUCUCACACAACGAGAGGACCACGACCCGGUGAGAAAGAUGGAGUUCAUUAUCACUUUAUCUCAAAGGAACAAAUGUUGUCGGCUGUUGGUAAAGGAGAGUUUAUUGAAACAGCUGUUUUUAGUGGGAAUAUGUAUGGAACAAGCAAGAAAGCUGUUGAAGAUGUUAGGCGUACAGGCAGAAUUUGUGUCCUUGAUAUAGAAAUUGAAGGAGUGAAGCAAAUAAAAAGAACUGACUUAGAUCCUUUGCUUGUUUUCGUUAUGCCACCAUCUAUUGAUGAGCUUGAGAGACGACUUCGUAAUCGCAAUACUGAACAAGAAGAUGCACUCCAAAAGAGAUUGGAACAAGCUCGCCAUGAGAUUGAAUAUGGUAAGGAGCCAGGAAACUUCCAUAUUCUUAUUCUCAAUGACAGUAUAGAGAAGGCAUACACAGAGUUGCGUGAUUUUAUUGGAAAAAACAUGAAUAAUGCAGUUGAAGAGAGAGAUGCUUCAUUGGACAAUUCUUUGGGGUCUAUGAAGACAACAGUUUAACACAUCAGGACAGAUAUGGAAUUUAAUGUGAAUGUUGAAAUAUUUUUGUUCCCUUAACCAAUUAUAAAUAUUUAAAGGUCAUUCCAUCUGAUGCUAAGUCAAUAAUGGCAUAUUUUACACUUAAUUUCAUUGUAACUAUACAGAAUACUUUAAAAUAUAUAUGAUGUACUAAAUUUAUAAUUAAAAUGUUUUCAAAAGUA